AUCGAGCAUUUAAAACGUUACUCAUUGUAGAAUGACAUGGGCCAUGGAUCAUUUGGUGUUGUCUUUAGGGGGAAGUUGGACGUAGCCGUAAAGAUAUUCAGGGAAGCGGUGGAGAAGAAAUCAAUUGAGACUGAGAUCACGAACUUAUUGCGUGUCCAACAUGAGAAUAUUAUAAGAUUAUACGGCGUUUCAAAAGAGACUGAUGCUUACUACUUGGUCAUGGAAUGUGCCCAAAACGGUACUCUUCAUGACUGCUUGCAUACAAAGAAAAUACCAUUUUCGGAAUCAGAUCGACAAAACCUGAUGCUGCAGUGCGCCAAGGGAAUGGAGUAUUUACAUAAUUUGAAGCCGGUAAUACUGCACCGGGACCUGAAGCCCAAAAAUAUUCUACUUACCAAUGACUACACUAUGCUAAAGAUUUGUGACUUUGGCAUAGCACGGGAGAAAGGAACCAGCAUGACAGUCGGAAUUGGCACUGCUAAAUAUUGCGCACCAGAAGUCCAUCAAACAUCAUCAUACACGGAAAAAAGCGAUGUGUUCGGCUUUGGCAUGGUCCUCUGGGAAGUAAUGUCAGGGCGAGUACCCACUGGCCUUAUGAGUAAAAUGCCUGACUUGGAUAAAGUAAUACACUGCAACAGUCCAGAUACCAUGAAAAUCCUAAUCCAACAGAGCUGUGAUGAGGACCCAAACAUGCGGCCGCCUAUGAAAACGUUGGCGCUUUUACUGAGCUUUGAUCAUGUCUCCCAGGCAAAGCUUAUAAAACCAAACAGUAUGGAUUUUAAAAAAUAA